AUGUCAUCCAAAUCCACCCUCACUCCCACCUCUACCCCCGACCCAUCCAACGCAGUAAACCCGGGUAUGGCUACACCACCACCUACGACGACUACGCCAAAGAAGAAACCAUACCCGUUCUGGCUAGGCGGUGUAGCUGCUACGAUCGCUGCUAGUAUUACACACCCCCUAGACCUAACAAAAGUCCGCCUCCAAGCCUCCGGCGACAAACGCAUGCUCGCCUCCAUCCAAAAGACCCUCCGCACCGCCGGCCCGCGCGGGCUCUUCGAUGGGAUCACCGGGACGUGGAUGCGCCAGAUGAGUUAUUCGAUGUGUAGGUUUUGGGCGUAUGAGGAGAGUAAGAAGAUGCUGGAUGCUACGGCGCCGGGGGCACCGGCGUGGAAGUUGGGGCUGGCGGGGAGUAUGGCGGGGGGGAUUGCGGGGUUGGUUGGGAAUCCGGGGGAAAUCGUAAUGGUCCGUCUCCAAGGCGACUUUGCCAAACCCCCCGAGAAGAGGUUUAACUACAAACAUUGUUUUGAUGCGUUGUUUAGGAGCGGUGUUGAUGAAUGCGUCGCAGUUGGCUAG